CUCUCUUAUAACUAAAGGUCCCUGGACGCUCCCACCCACACCCAACUCAGCCUGCCAGGUCCCAGUUCUGUUCUGUAAGUGUUGACCAAGGACUGGGGAGCUCUCCUCCUCACCUGUCUCCCACUACACACCUGUGGGCAGAGCCCCUUCCAGGCCAUCAUGAAGCCGUUUCUGUCCUUCACUGUGCUGACUGUACUUCUGUACUUUUUGGCAGACAGCUCCAGCCCAGCUCAGGCUACCUCCUCGAGCAUGGCAGAGGGCUUUGAACAGUUCCAGCAUAAGGUGAAGGAGCUGGCGGAUACUGUGGCUCACAAGGCCAAGGAGGCCAUCACCAAGAUCCAGAACAGUGAAUUCUCCACUAAAACUAGGAACUGGUUCAGGGAGAAUUUCCAGAAAAUGAAAGAUAAAAUGGAUGCCACCUUCUCCAAGUAACAGCAGGAGGCUGUGCCUGUGGGCUCACCCCCCGCUGGGCUGUGCUCUCCCAGAAGCCAGUAUCCUUCCCACGUGAAGAAAGAGGCUUCUGAAUGUUCCUCCUUCCUUCUAUCUGCUCCCUCCAGCCCCUGACCCUCUGCUCACUGACUCUAAUAUAAUAAAGGUUUUAUAGCCCCUGGUA